UCUUACCACAUCAAAAAAUCAACUCAAGAUGUCAAAACGGCCAAAACUGUCAGGUGCCCAGGGAAGAAAAAAGAGAUAAGAAGAGGAGGAGAAACGAGAAAAAGACAGAGGUAGCAGAUGCCAGGUCCAGAUGAGUCUUAACAGUUCUCAUCACGCUGUAUACAUCCUAUUGGUGGGAAAGAGCGAGAAACGCAGUAACUGAGCUGCGAUUGGCUGAAAACUCUGUCACUCAAAGAUAAGAGCAGCGCUGAUUGGCUGGCAAGUCUAGCCGAGCUCGCUGAUUGGUCUCUAAAUCCGCGUGGCAGCGAGGAUGGCUGGAGCUGACGCUGUGUGACAAUGGGAGUCAUCGAGUUAAGCAACAUCUGUGCCAAGUAAACACAAUAAGACGCUCGCCAAAGUGACUCUACACGGGCGGGAAAGCAGCUUUUGCGAGUAACAAGAAGGAGGAAGGCUGCUGUUUAACAAAGGAUUGGCUUCGAUGGGAGCUUUCAGCCGCCAGAAGUUUUUCCAGGAGCUCGCUCAUGGCUGCCUGUUGCCGACAGCCCAGCAGGGCCUGGAGCAGGUGUGGCAGCUGCUGCUUAUCUGCCUGCUGUGUCGCCUUCUCUGGAUGUUCGCAGGCCUCCCCUCUAUUGUAAAGCACCUCGCCAUGGUGGUGGGAGGUUUCUAUGUCCUUUAUCUGUUUUUCGAGCUGCACAUGAUCUGGGUGGUCCUCCUCAGCCUUCUCUGCUACCUCUUCCUCUUCCUGUGUCGCCACUCGACCAUGCGAGGCACAUUUCUUUCCAUCACUGUGCUCAUUUACUUGCUGCUGGGAGAACUACACAUGAUGGACACCACCAACUGGCACAAGAUGAGAGGUUCACAGAUGGUGGUGGCCAUGAAAGCCAUCUCUCUGGCCUUCGAUCUGGAUAGAGGUGUCGUGGACAGUGUACCCUCACCCAUUGAAUUCAUGGGUUACAUUUACUUUGUUGGAACAGUCAUCUUCGGCCCGUGGAUCAGCUUCAAUUGCUACAAAGAGGCUUUAGACGGGCGUAGGAUUAGCUUUUCAUGGUUAUUCAAAGUGUCUUUUAGCUGGCUUAAAAGUCAGAUCUGCCUCGUUCUUUCCAAUUGUGUGGCUCCUUACCUCUUCCCUUAUUUCAUCCCUGUCUAUGGAGAAAAACUAUUGAGAAGCAAAAAAAGGAGGAAAAUCAGAGAUACCCUAGCAAAGUGGUUACUGGCGUAUGAAAACACAAUGUCUUUCCACUUCAGCAACUAUUUUGUUGCUUACCUGAGCGAGACCACAGCCACACUAGCUGGGGUGGGUUUCACUGAAGAGAAAGAAAACCUCAAAUGGGAUCUGGCAGUGUCAAAGCCACUAAACGUUGAGUAUCCCCGCUCAAUGGUAGAAAUGGUCACUUCAUGGAAUCUGCCCAUGUCACGCUUUCUGCACACAUAUGUGUUUCAGAGUGCUGUCAAAUUUGGGACUUUCUCUGCCAUCAUGGUGACAUAUGCUGCCAGCGCCCUUCUGCACGGUCUGAGUUUUCAUCUCGGUGCUGUGCUGAUGUCUCUGGGCUUCAUCACCUACAUUGAGUACGUGCUGCGGAAGAGACUAGCAGACAUUUUUAAUGCCUGUAUCCUGUCCAAGAAAUGUCAGCCAAACUGCAGCCACCAGAACAAAAAGGUGCUAUGGGUGCACAUAAUCAACAUAGCAUUCAGCGCUCUGGCAAUACUACAUCUGACAUACCUGGGUUCAGUGUUUAAUUCCAGUGUGGACUACAUGGAGGAGGAUGAGGAUGACAUAACCCACCAUACCAUUCAGAAGUGGUCCGAUCUGAGCUGGACAAGCCAUUGGGUCACAUUUGGAUGUUGGAUAAUGUACCGCCUCAUUCUUUAAAACUGAGAAAGAGCAAAAGAAGCAAUAAUGUGAUUUUUUUCUCCUCUGUGACUGUAAAGUACAUCAGGGUGGGGAGAACUAUAGUCAAUACGCAGAUUAGUGUCAUCCUGACCUGCUGGGGACUCCUUUUGAUAAACACGCCGCUCUCCUUCCUCUUGAUGACAUCCUCUUUUUUUCCAAUCUGAGCCACUGCAGUCGUCAAGCUCUCAUGUUGUGACAGCAGUUUCUGAUGUCUCCCUGCGAGUCACAAUCAAUACCUAUCAGCAUGGUGGAAAUCAGCUCCUUCCUUCUGACGAUUGAGCCGUUAUCUCGCCCUCGGAGGCUACUGUGCCAGUUUUCUUCACCUUAAAUGUUUCAUAAUCUUCUAUUUGCCAUGUCUCCAUAAGGAUUCUGAAAUUGCACAAUGUUCUUAUGUUCAGUGCUUCCUAAAUCACAAGUGUUUUCAGCAGCAGACCUGUGAGUUUACAUUAGGAUGAGAGCACAGAAUAUAUAUAGUCCAAUAUUUAUUGUGUAUCUGUAGAUUAUUUUCAUACAAUAUGAGUUAAAAAUGGUUUUCCAAAGCCUAAAAUGACACCCUGAAAUGAAUUAUUACAUACAGUAGUAUUAAACCAAACGGUAAUACUGAUUUGUCUUUUUCAGAUGGAGUUAAAAGUUGGUAAUCUUCUUUUGUAAUUUUUAAAUUUAGAAAGUCAAUCAGGAAAUGUAUGUAUUGUGGUGAAAUUUAGUAAUGUUUUUUUAAAUACAUUUCAAAUACAGUGGUACUUUGGAUUUUGUCAGCAAUUCGUUCCAAAGGGUUAGUUAGUUUUUCCUUUUUUAUCAACUUUCUUUAGCCCCAUGGUGGGUUAUUUUGCAGUUGUACCCAAAAAAGCCCAGCGACUGCAGUUGUACUCAAAAAAGCACAGCGACUGAGAGUCACCUGAUCUUUUUCUGGCCAUUUGAUUCCACUGAAGGCUAUGCAGGCAAAAACUAGUUUAGUGAACAUUUUCAUCAAAAAACUAAUCAUAGAAAAAGUACAGCAUAUGACAAACUGAGGUUUCACUGUACUCUUCAUAUUAAAAAAUAUUUGAAUCAGGGUAUGGCACAUUAUUUUUAAAGCCUCCGACUCGAUUUAUAUGUAGUGCCGUCAAAUUAUUAAAAUAUUUUAAUCAGAUUAAUCACACUUUUGAAUUUGGAUUAAUCAUGGUUAAUCACAGGUAUCACUCGCUUGCAUAAUUUCAAAAAACUCUAAAAAUAUUGUAUUGUCAAAAUGUCAUACAGGAACAUUUUAAAGUGUUUUACUUGAAUGCACUUCAUUUAUUUGCUAAAAACGUUGUAACAUUGUGUCUAAAGUCCCAUCAGCGUUUAUUUCAGAGUGAAAUUUGCCAACAAGCACACCAGUCAGUCUCCUCGCUCAUCUUUGCACUGACGUAUGCAUUGACAUGAUCACUGACCUUAUAUCAACCCUCAGCCUUUCCGGUAACCAUCUGCAGAUAUGGUAAAAAACAUGUAUGGUCAAAAUAAAUUGUGCCAUUAAUCUGUGUAUCCACAUGAUUAAUGAUAUUUGUUGUGGUUAAUUAGUUAUUUUUGGCAGCCAUAUUUAUAUGUCAAAUUAGUUUUAAUAUAGAGCAUGUCAUGUUGUGACUUUAUCCUGCAUAUACUGUAUGCUGUACUCUGCACUACAAGUGAUCACCUGAAGAAAUGAAAUGCCCUCUUUUGUCAGACGAGGUUUAACAGUCUCUGUAUUUGUGACGUCAAAAGGAUUUGCAUCCUGACGAGCUUGCAAAGUGUUAGAUCAGAGCCUGAGUGUUCAGUCUCUGUACAACGAAACCCUAUUCUAGUAUUUUCAGUAUGAAUAUUGUUCCUGUAAAUGUGAAUUCACUGACACACCUGUGAUCAUUGUUUUAUAAAAAUUUUACAUGAACCCUGGUUUAUUGUGUUCUUUUAAAUAUAUCCAUUUAUACAGCUGUUAGAAAGCACUGUCAGCAUGAAAUAGUAGUCACACACA